UUGGGGGGGAUCCAGCCAACCAUGCCUUUGGGUGAGUUGAAGUUCAAGGAGCUGGGUGAAGAGGAGCCCACCUGGGAGGAGGUGAGCCUGGCCAGCGUGAAGGCGCUGACGGCCAAGCUGAAGCUGCAGACACGGAGACCUUCCUACCUGGAGUGGGAAGCCCGACUACGGGGGCAGCCCUGGUGCAGUCGGACCCCCGGGGGGGGCCAAGGGGCAGAGCAGGGCCCUGGGCACCGGGAGGAUGAGGAGGAGUGGGACGGUGGCGUCUGUGGCUUCGCCACCAUGGAGGCAGCUCUGGAGUGGCUUAGGAUGGAGCUGCGGGAGAUGCAGGCUGCAGACCAGCGCCUGGCGCAGCAGCUGAUGCGCCUGCGGGCGCAGCUGCACCGGCUGAAGGUGGAGCAGGCCUGCCACCAGCACAAGGAGAUGCUGGACGACGCUACCUUCGGCCUCGAGGGCUGCGAGGAAGACUCGGACCUGCUCUGCAACAUCCCACCCAAGGCCGCCUUCCUGCUCUCCACGCCGCUCAAGCACAUCGGCGUCACUCGCAUGAACAUCAACUCCCGACGGUUCUCCCUCUGCUGAGCACGGCAGGACCCCGCAGAGCGAUGGGCACCCAGCCUGGACUGGAGCCUCGCCAGCACCCACGGGUGCAUCCAGACCUGGUAGGGCUCCAGCAUCCCUCCUAAAAUGCCUCGGGGACUGCGGAGCUGCUGCCGGGGGGCGGGGGCGCGGGGCGCGGGGCUGAGCCCUGGUGCUGCCAGCCCUACCCCGGGGGACAAUGCCACGCCAUGGUGGCAUGGGAAAUGCCACUGACUCCAUCAGGCACAGAGUGUUUUGGGGCACCCCGUGCCCUGUGCCUCAGAACAGUGGGGACAACCACAGUGGAAAAUGUGGCAGCAGCCAUUUGAGGAGGAAAAAAAGGAGGUGAAGACAAGAGCUGA